AUGGCCGCUCCGUCGCGAGAAGGCCCCAAGCCCUCGAUCAACCGCCAAACCACUGCACCCUUUCACCUAAAACUCUUUUAUCGUGUCAAUACCUUCAAUCCUUUAUCCGACUACAGCCUCCCCGUGCCGCCUCGCCGUGGAGGACCAGUCAGCGGACCAAACUCCAUCCGUCCAACAUCGCCUGUCGCAAGUGCAGCACCGCUCCCACAACAUCUGGAAAUCUACACAUGGCAAUCAUGUACACUACGCGAGCUCUCGCAGCUCCUUACUUCUGCGCUUCCGACAUUACUUCCUGAUCCGCCUGUUGGCACCCGCCUUUGCUUCCGACUAAUUUAUCCCGACGCGCGCGGUGCCGCAAUGGGUGGUCUCGAUGCGCGUGGCCGAUACUUGAGUAGAGAUCUAGGCAGUGUUGUUGUUGGACCGAGGGAUAGUCCGUUGCGCACAGAUGACGAUGAAGAUAAACAGGAGGCACGACCUCGCCCGGGCUCGCUCCGCUUCCAAGGCUCCGAGGCCGACAGACCCCUACAGGAUGUCCGAUUCAUCGUCGGAGACUACAUUGAAUGCGCAAUUCUGGCACCGCUCGAAGAUGGUUCCGUUGCACCGCCACUGAACGGCGCUUCGGGUCCGAUCAUGGGACCCAGAGGUGGAGGUGGAGGCGGCAUGCGCGCGUUCCGGGACAAUGGUUAUCCUCGUGGGCCUGGACGGGGUGGUCCUCGUGGAGCAGGUGGUGAUCGUGGACCUCCCCAUAUGCCCCGAGGAGAUUGGCACCGUGGAGAGCGAUUGCCUGAUGGUGGACGAGGCGGAAGUCGUCACGGAUGGACACCGUAUUGA